GCUAAAAUGACUUAAUAAUAAAGAUAAAAACGUCUUACAUUAUGUUCCUUAUUUAACUAACAAAACAGCGAUAUAAAAAUCUAGUUGCCAGAACGUUUGUCUUAGUAAAAAUAAAAGAGGAAAAUUUAACAUUUAACCUGGUCCAAAAAAGUAGGCUAAGAAAUGUUAAAUAUGACUGAAAACAGUACUGCCCUUUUAUUUCGCCAUCUCAUUAGUUUGAGAUGCUCUAAUGGGGUGUUUGGGAUGCGCAUCUCAUAUGCGGAUUGUUUUGUUUAAACAGGUCAAAGACCCCCACACCUGCCUGACUGUCCUGAAUCCCUGUGGUGACACUCCACCCCUAUUUGUCAGACCAUCGGCGGACCAAAGACGGAAUGCGUGUGGCCUCUCAUAAAUAGUCCUCAUUUCCAUGAGUCCUGCAAACCGGCCACAAGCUUCGCCAACCACAGUCGCGUCCAGCACAGGGUCUCCAACCAUGACCCUUUCCCAGGAUUACGAAGAAGUGCAGCGCACCCCCGUCUCUUCUGAAGACGAUGAAAUAGACAUCGUCGGAGGAGACCACAGUGACAGCGACCGAGAGUACUCCAUCAUGCCUUGCAAGGACCACUCGGAGGUGGACCACUCAGGGUCCGAGUCUUCGGGAGAGAGCGAGAGCAGCUUCUCCACCACGUCCACUCCAAAGCAGAACUCCGCCGUCAAACCUCCCUAUUCCUACAUCGCCCUGAUAACCAUGGCGAUCCUCCAGAGCCCGAUGAAGAAGCUGACCCUCAGCGGCAUCUGCGACUUCAUCAGCAACAAGUUCCUGUACUACAAGGAGAAAUUCCCCGCGUGGCAGAACUCCAUCAGACACAACCUGUCACUCAACGACUGCUUCAUCAAGAUCCCACGAGAGCCUGGAAACCCGGGGAAAGGCAACUACUGGUCACUGGACCCUGCAUCUGAGGACAUGUUUGACAACGGCAGCUUUCUGCGCAGAAGAAAAAGAUUCAAGAGGAACCAACCUGAGUUCACCAAAGACAACCUGCUGCUUUUCCAUCCAACGUUAAGUUAUCGAGCAUAUGGGCGUCCUUACUGCGUUUCUGGGCCGGUUCCAGCCCCGACUAAUCCUGUUGGAUAUUUGCCAGUGCCGGAAGGCAUCAUGGUGCCACCUCCAUAUUUCCAAUAUCAGACUCUGAACAUUAAAGUCCACAAAGCUCCAGAAAUCCAGCAAAGGCCCGAGCACAAGACCCAGAAGUGUUCGUUCAGCAUUGACAGCAUCAUGGCCAAAUCAGCGGCGUCUCCUCACAAAAACUCUACUAAUUACCUCACACCCGACUACAGUUAUGUAUUUCCCAGACCGACAUCAUGUGUGACCCCAAGUCUGUUACCAGUGCCAACAAGGACUCCUUUCAUAGACACUCUGCGGAUGGUGUAUCCUCCUCAUUGUUGAACUGUCUGGAAAACUCACGAACUCUUCUCAUUUUAAAUAGACUUGUAACAUAGCCUAAGAUAUUUCUGUCAUUGCUCUUAUAUGAUAGUUUUAAUGUAAAUAAAUAAAUGCUAAUAUAUUUGUUAGUCUAAAAUCAUCAAAAGUGGAUGUAUUAAAAUGUCUGUUUAAAUAAACCAUCAAU